UGUUAGGUGUGUAUGCAAGUGGUUUAGGCCAGUAGUUUUUUUUAGUGGUAUUUGAAAUUGUUUUUUGUAAGCGGUUUGUGUUAAUGGUUUUGGAUAGUGGUUUUAGUGAUGGUUAGCGGUUUGGGGUCGUGGUUUAGGUUGGUGGUGUAGGACAGUGGUUUUUGUUAAUGGUUUUGUUUUAGCGGUUUAUUUUACUGUUAGCGGUUUACGCAAGUGGUUUAGGCCAGUGGUUUUUGUUAUAGAUUUUUGUACUUGGUUUUUGUUAACGGUUUUGGAUAGUGGAUUCAUUGAUGGUUUAGCGGUUAACGGUAGUGGAUUAUGAUAAACGUGAAAAUGCAUAUGUUUUUGUUAAUGGUAUUGGCACGUGGUUUGAGUGAGCGGUUUGUGUAUAAAAUGUUGGUCGUUUGUUUCAUAUAUCUUUUGCCCAUCAUGAUUUAUUUUCUAGUUCCUUAUAAAAUAUAUCGCUUAUGUUAGUGGUUUGUGCAUCUGUUCUAAUUAUGCGGUUUAUGUACUGGCCAGCCUCGUCGUUGCAUAUCCAGCGUUAGGCGGCAACAGGGGAUGCGUCUUGAUGAGAGGUAUGUUCCGUACUUGCAGAUGGCGGGACUUUACCAUCUUGCGAGACUGAACGACAGAUGGUUCCGACUAGACGAGCCCCUAGUCAGCGCAUUCGUCGAGAGGUGGCGGCCUGAGACGCACACCUUCCACAUGCCGUUCGGAGAGUGCACUAUCACGCUUCAGGACGUCGCAUACCAGCUGGGGUUGCCAGUCGACGGAGAUUACGUUAGUGGUUGCCUUACCGACUUCCACCUUUACAUUGAGGGUGGGAGACCUGCUUGGCAGUGGUUCCAUGAGUUGCUCGGUGUUUUACCUCCGGAGAACCAGGUGCAGAAAUUCGCAGUCAACUACACCUGGUUUCAGGAGACAUUUGCAGAGUGUCCAGACGGGGCAGAUGAGGAGACAGUUAGGCGCUUUGCCCGGGCCUAUAUCAUGAUGUUAUUGGGUACCCAGCUGUUUGCCGACAAGUCCGGCAAUCGUAUACACAUCAGAUGGCUACCAUAUGUUGCUCGGCUUGAGGAGAUGGGUCGCUACAGUUGGGCGUCGGCGGCACUAGCAUGGCUGUACAGGUGCAUGUGCCGAGUCGCCAACAGACAUGUGGUGAAGUUAGCUGGCCCGUUACAGUUAUUACAGUCGUGGAUCUUCUGGAGGUUUCCCACACUUAGACCAUCUGGGUAUGAUGAGAUCAGCUGGCCCCUUGCCUCGAGAUGGUCUGGUUACAAUCCUGGGAUUAGCAACAAGGGACCUCGGGUACAGAUGGCUCGCAUGAAGAUCGACUUGUUACAGCCUCGGCAGUUCAUAUGGAUGCCCUAUAGCGCAGUCGACGUCAUCCAGGUUGUCCAUCCUGAGGUUGAUAGAGUUUUACCUCAGUUUGGCGGCGUUCAGCCCAUACCGUCUCCCGCCCUGAACAUCGACUUCCUGAUGUCGAAGGACGAGAGAGGAGGUGACCGUUGGUUCCCGGCACAGUACCCCGAUUGGCAUCUUUACUGGCAGGAGCGUGCUGAUCACAUUCUGCAGUUUGACAUCGUGCCCGACCCCGAACCGUCACAUGAGUUCUUGACAUGGUGGUAUCAGCACGGAAAGAGGUUUUUGUCGCCGGAGAUGUUACUGGGGGAUCCGAGAGGUGUUCCUAUUCCAGAUGAGGCGACGCAGAGGGGUGCAGGCCGACUUCCAGACAUGGACCGGGUCGAGGAUGUUCCUGACAGACGUCGUAUUGAGAGAAGAGCACGAGUUGGGACACGUCGUAGCUAG